AUGAUUGUUGAUUAUGGUCAAUUUGGUGAUUUUGUGUGUUUUGACACCACGUACAAAACUAAUGAAGCAAAUCGUCCAUUCGGAGUGUUUGUGGGAUUUAAUCAUCAUCGUGAGAUUGCUAUUUUUGGGGCAUCAUUGUGGUACGAUGAGACUACCAAUUCAUUUAUAUGGUUGUUUGAAACAUUUUUAGAGGCCAUGUCCAAGAAGGCCCCAAAAACCUUAUUUACUGAUCAAGAUGCUGCGAUGGCUAAGGCUUGUGCACAUGUGAUGCCUAAUACAUAUCACAGGCUUUGCACAUGGCACAUAAUGCAAAAUGCCAUGAAACAUGUAAACAAUUUAUUUAGGCGCACAGGUGGAGUUAGGAGCGUUUUAACACAAUUUAUGGAUUACUAUGAGGAGAAAGAUGAGUUCUUAGUUGCUUGGGAAUCAAUGUUGGAUGAAUACAAUGUGCGUGGACAUCCUUGGUUAGAAAGCAUUUUUGAUUUAAGGAAGAAAUGGGCAAUGGCAUACUGUAAGUGGUUUUUGUCUGCAGGAGUAAAACCCACACAGAUAAGUGAAAGUUUUAAUGCUACCUUAAAAGAUUGUUCGAAUGUGGACCAUGAUGUGGUGCAAUUUUUCAUGCAUUUUGAAAGGGAAGGAAAUAUUUAUACUAAAGCAAUAUUUGAGGAUUUCCAAGCUCAAUAUAUCAAAUCGCUUGAAUUAGACAUGAUAUCUUGUGACAAAGAUGGUGAUGAUUUGGCGUAUACAGUUGUCCUACAUUGUAACUCGAAAGAGCGAUGUGUUAGAAAACAGAAAGACGGUGAUGUCUCUUGUAGUUGUAGGUUGUUUGAGAUGAAAGGUUUCUUGUGCAGCCAUGCACUGAAAAUUCUUACUAAUUACAUGAAUGUCAAAGAAAUUCCUGACCAGUAUAUCUUAAAAAGGUGCACAAGAAAAGCAAGAUCUAAAAGUGUGAAAGAUAUGCAUGGACGUGAUAUUCAGACAUAUGUGAAACCACAACAAACAUCUCGAUAUAGGUCUUUAUGUUCCAUGUUUACCAUGAUAUCAUCUCGAGCUGAGAGCGAAGAAACAUAUAAGAUUUCUGUUAGUCAUUUGAAUCAACUAAGCAAAACCAUUGAAGACAUGUUAAGUUCAAAAAUGGAUGGUCAAGUACAUGAUAAGAAUGGCCAAGGGUCACCUUCCACCAUUGUGACAGAUGGUGCUAAUGAGAGUCAGGCUAUGAACUUGAUGAUCGAUAAGCCACAUACAGCUUCAAAUGUUGAUCAAAUUGGAGAUGGCAUCUGGAAUAAUGGGUCAAUAUAUCAAUAG